AUGACAUUGAGAUCAAACUGGCCUUUUAAGUUCAGAUAUACAAGAACGCAGCUCGAAAUAUUUAGGUUUUCAUUUUGUCUACUUGCUCCCAUUGCUGUCAUGUAUUACAUAGGGACAGACACUGAUAAAAAAUUAAACGUUCCAGGAUUUUGGCCAGAUCCAGCUUCAUUGAAUCAAAUACCUAAGGAACGAUAUGAGAUCAAGGCUGAGCUAGCAAGAAUGAAGAAGGAGAGAUUAGAGAAGAGAUUGAAACUCGAGAGAAAGUUGCAGGAAGAAUAUGGUAUAACGAAUCUAGAGGAAGAAAAAGAAAGGAUUAGAAAUGAGUUGAAAGCCGCUAAGGAUAAUAGCAGUAAUUAA